GCCUGGACGCACAGCUCUGAAAGAGAAAGAAGAGAAAGCGAACCUUUGCACCAGAUUGAUCUACGUGAACUACACAGUAAAUAAAUACGAAGCGAAGUACUGAGAAGAAUAUUUACAGCGAUAGCGCAAAAAUAUGAUGAGCCACAGCAAUUGGUUGUCGCCUUCUUUCCCAGCAGAGUACACUCGCUACGAUUUACUUCAACGGUUCAACUUAGGCGCAAGAAGUUUGUCUUCCUCUGUGAAUCUAUCUAACGAAGAUACGCCUAGUCUGAGGUAUCCAACGUAUGCAAAUAUGGUCUCUCCAAGUAUUUUAAUCUCUGAAGAAGACGGAGAUAGAUCAAGCGAAGCUGAGAAGAUAGGAUCAAAGCAUUAUUACGCCAGCGAUGUUAAGCCACCAUAUUCAUACAUUGCUUUAAUCACAAUGGCGAUUGAAAACUCCCAGAACAAGAUGCUAACAUUGAGCGAAAUCUACGAGUACAUCAUGACAAGAUUUCCCUACUUCCGCAAGAACCAGCAGAAAUGGCAAAACUCGAUAAGACAUAACCUCUCCUUGAACGAUUGCUUCAUCAAAGUACCUCGAAGCAUGUUCGGCAAACCGGGCAAGGGUAAUUUCUGGAGCUUGCAUCCAGCGUGUGGUAAUAUGUUUGGAAACGGUAGCUUCCUCAGGCGACCAAAGAGAUUUAAAUGCCAUCCACCGAAGUCAUCAAAUGAUCCAGCUUUUGUCCACCACGUCGAUUCAUAUCACCAUUUCAGUCUGUUCAGCUCCACUCAUCACCACACAACACAACACAGAUAUCCACCAUACGUAAAGCCCUACAUCUUAACCCCAACCUGUUCUCUGAGACAAACGUAUACCACAAGAUUCACAAACAGUUUAUGCAACGAACACAUAACGAACAAUUUCGCAAACUCUGUGAAGAAGGGGUUCAGCGUUGAGGAAAUCAUGGACAAUCCUGAAGAAUUCAGUGAGUCGUAAAUGUAAAUAUUUUCUUGUAAAUGACACUAUAUUCAAAUUUUGUUUGAAAAAAUCAAUUAUCAGUUAGGUUUUAUAAACUGAAGUAUAUACACAGUCCUAUGACUUUAUACAGUAAACAUUGCAUGUUAUGAACUAAAAUAUAAAUUAUAUACAAGACUUUUAUAGUAAACUAACAUUGGCUUUUAUAAACUGAAGCUCCUUGAACUAUAUUAGUGGUUAUAUUCAUAUUAAUUUUUUUAGUACUUUCUAUAUUUAACAGUACAAGGUUUUGUUUUCCAAGA